GCAAAUAAAAGGUCUUUAUUUAAUUUUACAAUUUAAAUGUACAGUAAAUUUUGCAAUGUGAGCAGCGCGAGCCAAUUUUGAUGGUAUCCAUAACUGGGAGCAGUAUUUUUGAGUAUCUCCAAGCAAAUUCUCGAGUUGGCAGCUCUGCGCUCAAACACGUGAAGUUAGCUGAGUGUUGUGGUAUUUCUUAAUAUGUGUGGUAUUAUUGCUGCCUAUGCCAAGUUCGGUCACACUGCCACCGUAGUCAAAUUACUUUUUCUUGUGCCGCAGCCAAUUUAACAAUUUCAAUUAUUAAUUUAAUUUAAUAUAUCAAUACAAAACUAAAUACGGAAAUCUUGUUGCUCCUGAGUUUGAUUUGUUUUUACCUAUUUACGUGACCAGUCAAAGGGAAUUAAGCAAUUAUAGUUGCAUCGGCGUGAAAUCUUGCACGCCGCCGCCAAGGCGGUGGCGUUGGUAACUUCGCACAAUGUAUUUUCUGCCGUGGUCAAAACGAAAGCGCGUUACGCCAGCAGAGCAGCAGCGGCCUCAAAGAAAGGCAGCGCGGCAGCAGCGAUCGUGAGAGAGCUUAAAUGAGAGCGCGCCAUUCACAGCAAAUGUGAAUCGUGCGUGUGAAAGAGAGUGCAAAAGAAAAAAAAAGUUAAAAAAGCAGCGUAGAUAGCUCAAAAGUGAAAGAACCAAAAACCAAACAAUAAGUAACAAAAAUAACAAAAAAAUGAGUGCCAACAAGCGACGACGUAGCAACAGCGAGAGCAGCCGCCAAAUGGCCACAGCUGACUGCAUGAGUGCAGCCAAGGAUGUGCGCGGCGGCAGACGAAUUCAACAUUCAACAAUUGACGCCAGCAUCGGCGACGGCGUUGUCGAGCUGCUUCAAAUGCCGCGCGUGUGUCGUUGUUGUUGCAAAGGCGACAUGGAAUUGCUCGGCCUUUUCGAGGCCAGCGUUGAGACAGCCAAACAGACAACACAAACUCAACGCCGACGCAAAACAACUACAAUUGAAGAAGCAGCAACAACAACAACGACAACAACAACGACAACAACAACAACCUCACAACAAGAACCACAACAACAGCGCAAAAGUGAUAAUCCCGUUGAAUAUGCGCUCAGCGGUGCGCACAGCAGUAUGGACACUGUGUUAGAGGAGAUGAUCAUUUGGAUGCUCAAUAUCUCACGCGAUGAUGGCCUGCCCCAGGAGAUCUGUCGGCAAUGCAAGGCACAGUUCAUAAUGGUUGCCAAGUUCCGGCGGCGCUGCUUGCGUGUACAGCAGCGGCUAGAGGAGUAUGCCAAGGAGAUAGCCGAGCGCAAGAGACGUCUGGCCGCCAAGCAAGUCGAGCAACCCCAGCAAAAUGAGCCAUCUGAAGAGUAUUAUCUGCACCUGCCCGAGUCACAAAUCGAGCGCAAGCGUCGCCUGGUGCUUAGUAAGGGGGCGACACAGUUGGAAUCGCAGCCAAAACAAGCCAAGACUGAAGCCGAACGCGCGCCGACGCCGGCCAAGCUGCGACGCCUGCAGCUUAGAUUGCGUAACAUGCGCAUUGCCUCCUUGCCAGCCAGCCAGAUUAAGACUGAACAACCGACGCGAAGUGCGUCACAGCAGGGCGAAUUAAAGGAGCGUUCGCCACUGAGAAUGCUAUGCAAAAAAAUGCAGAUGCCCUGGAAAACGAAGGCGGCACGCAAACAGCUCUCAGAAACGUGGUCCAGCUGUUCGACGGCCUCCCACUGCCGUGCAGCGUCCAUAACGCCAGAGGAGCUGACAAAGGCACAGUUGGCGACACCGCCACGGGCGAAGAGUUCCGACACGGAGACCGAAACAAGCGCAGGUCAAACGUCACCCGAGCAGCUCAGCGAUUUGUCCGUAAAUCCAUGUCACGGCUUCGCAAGCGACUGCCCUGGUUGGUCGCCCCCCUCCUCCAUUUUAUCAGUAGCUAUUCCCGCCAUCCAAGACGCAACAACGCCUAAACCAAUUGGCCAGCUUCAGUUUCCACCAAAGCGAGAGACGCCCAAAAAACAGCACGUGGUGCUGCGCCGAGGACGACGUGGGCGUAGCUCUGUGCCGCUAAAGCGAGCGAAGCGCAUUGCGAAGAAAAAGAAGAAGCAGGCAACUGCAGAGAAUCAUUUGUCCAAGCAGAAGAUGAAGCAAUCGAACAGUCAACCAAAAGAGAAACAGUGUGAAGAGAUACUCGCAGCCGGGGCAGAGGAAAAGCUGGCCAGCAGCUCCUCGGAUGAGAAGCCAUGCUACAGUCGGGAUGUACAGUCAGAAACCACCUCCGAGGAUCUUGCAGCCGUGACAACAGAUGAGGAACGAGAAAAACCAAGUGAAAUAGCGGCAGAUGUGACCACAGCCGCUGAGAACGAUAAGGUGAAGCCCACAGUAGCAACAAGUGAGUCCAUGGAACAACUGGCGCAUGCCACGCCAGAGCAGUUGCAGUCGUCCGCCGCAACUGAAUACCCUGAAGAAAAUGCAACCAAUCAAACUCAGGACAAAAGGCCAACAGAACAAAUGCAAAGCAUAUCAAGGAAAGUAAACGAGACAGAGGAACAGAUGGCCGUAGAUAUAACCAAUGGAACUCCAGAAACAGCUGAUUCCACAGUUCAAUCUGAAGAGCUCUCUUCAUCCACCAUGGAGCACAGCCAGCCAAUCCAGGACAGUCAAUGCCAGUCGCCGGAAGUGCCAGCUUCCGAAUGCGAAAUAGAGCUGGGCAUUGCAAAUGAUGAGCAGCAGCACGCACAGCAGCCGCCCGUUGAAGAGCCCGUGCAAGAAGCGGAGGAGCCAGCGUCGGAGCUUAUAGUAAGCAUACCGUUAGAUGUGCUCGGCGACGAGCUGCAGCGAAAACUAUGCAGCAGCGAUCCAAUCGCGCAGGAGGAGGAAGAAGAGCAAGCUCAAGAUACCGAGCCUAAGGAGCCCGCAGAGGCGGACGAUGUGAAUAACAAUGAGAAUAGUGAGAAUUUUUGCCAGAGUGCUACAGCAGAUAGCUUCAAUGCUGCUGUGGCACUCACAACCAAACAAAUUGAAGCAGAACCAAAUGGAGGGAAGGCAGUGGUGCCACUCGACGACGACAUGGAGUCCCUGGAACGAUUAGCUGAUAUGCAGCCGCAUGUACCGGUUGCGGAAGUGCAGCCGGUUCGUGCUGUAAAUGCCAGCUCGAUGGAUUUCUUGGCCGAAUUCGAGAAGCACUGUGAGAAGACGCUCAAGCUGCAGGCGAAGAAGGCGCCACAAACGGAACUAGAACUGGUGGAAGCCAAGCAGCAGCUGGAGGUGGAAAUGAACGAUGUGGAAAGCACUUUGCAUGGCAUACUGAAUGAGAUGCAGGACCAGCACCUCUAUACGCCUGUCUGUACGCCGAUUGAUGAAUUUCUAACGCCUGCCGAUUAUGUGCCGCUCAACGAGACGCAAACGCCAGCGGCCACGCCAACGGCGCCACAGCUCUACUCAUCGCCAGCUGAGACACCUCAGGGACAGGUGUCGCCACAGCAGCAGCAACAGGUGAAGGAGGGGAAUCUGUUUGACAGCAGCAACUUUAGCAAUGAGCUGAUCGGCUUCCAAAAUGAUAUGCCCUGCUUUGAGAACAUUGAGGCUACGCCUGAGUCAAUGGCGGCGCAGCAGAGCCUGCAGCUGGAGCUGACGCAGCUGCUGAAUGAGCUGCAGCCGGCACAGCAGCAAUCAGCACAGCAGCAACAGCCGCUGCAACAACAGCAACAGUUGCAGCUACAGCAGGAAGCUGUCAGUUAUGAGGCACUGUACCAGACGCCGCUUACCGCCCAAUCUCCAGUGAACGGCAAUAAGUUGCAGAUCAUCCAAAUGCAGCCACAGGAGACACUGUGGCAGGCACAGGCAACAACAGCACAGCAGACGACAACGACACAGCUGCAAUGGUCGACUGUGGGCGGCCUGGAGGCCAUCAAAACAACACCUGUUGCCGGCCUGGAUAGUCUGAAUGGCAGCGGCACAACCACCUACUACAUCAAUGCCAGCGAUCUCUACCAGACGCAGCUGCAGCAGCAACCAGCUCAGCUGACGGGCGAUAGCUAUGCAAUACUCGAUAGCAAUGAGAACUACGUGCUGGAGCAGCAGCAGCAACAACAGCAGCAGCCCAUUAUGAUACUCAUACAGCAGCCAGAGCUGCAGCAGCCGGUGGCAUCCGCCAGCAAUCCGCAACAGGCGCCGCUGCAUAUAACAUACGGCACCAGCCUGGGCAAUGAGCUGCACGCCUAUCCCCAACAGCAGUUGCAGCAGCCGCAACCGCAGCAACUGCAGCAGCAGCAGCAGCAGCAACAACAGCAGCAGCAGGAACAACGUACACAACAACAAAAACCUCACUCACAGUCACAACAACAAGUACAAAAUACAGUAUUAGGCUUGCCUCCUGCCGUACCGCCGCCCGCCCGCGGCCGUCCGCCCUUGCUUAAGUGUCGCUUCUGCCAGAAUGGACCGCGUUUCUCCAAUAGCCUGGAGUAUAGUCGUCACAUCAUUGAGCUGCACCCGGCCGUGGCGCCCUUCAAUUGUCCCCACUGCCCGCUGGCCUUUGCCGGUCGCAGCAAGCGCAGCCAGCACAUCCUCAACCACCACAUGGUGCAGCAGUUCCACUGUGGCCAAUGCUCACUGAUGUUGCCCUCGCAGCGUGCUCUGGAUUUGCACUUGCAACGCUUUCACAUGCCGUUGCCAACGGAAUCGGGCGCGUCCGGAGAACCAGCUGCUGGCGCUGUGCGCCUAGACGAGGUUCAACUGCAAAUAGCCAACAAGAGAGAGCUUCCUAAACUGCAGCAGCAGAAGACGUCGCCGCAUAUGCCUGCUUUGGAUCUUGAAAAAAGCCUGCCACAGCCACGCAGAACGCGCAUACUCUGCUGCCCGGACUGCGAGGACUGCUCUAGUGGACACAGUCAUGGCAGCGGCCAGUCGACGUACGAGGAGCUGACGAACUUGCAGCCACCACCGACGGUGCUGACGCCGCCGUCGACAAUUGCAUCGGUGCCGUCGCCGCAACCAACGCCGCACAUAACGUUGCCCUCGCCUGAGCAAUCGGAGCCGGACUCGACGACGGCAACCUUGCGGCAGUUUCGCAAGCGCUGCGUGGCCAACUGCACGACAGGAGCAACAACACCAGUCGCAGCACCAACGGCAGCAGCUGCAGCACCAACAAUGCUAACCACAGCCGCAUCGCCGUCGCCCUCCUCGUCGCCGUCCUCGUCGACAAUGGAGACGAGCGUAACGCUGCAGCUGGGCAAACUGAGCAGCAGCCAUCAGUGCGUGAUCUGCGAGAAGCGUUUCACCAAUAUCAUAGCACUUCGCAAGCACCAGCAGCUGGCCCAUGAUUCGCAGACUUCCAUGCCCUGGGUGUGCGGCAUUUGCAAGCGUGGCUAUCGGAAACGGACCGACAUGGAUAAUCAUAUGAAAUCCCAUGAGCCCAAGGGUCGUCCGUAUGAGUGCAAUGAGUGUUGGGUACGUUUUCCGGAAUUCAAACAGCUGGCAAUGCACAAGUUCACCGUCCAUGAGCUGAUCAAACCGCAUACCUGCGAUGAGUGUGGUAAACAAUUUGGUACGGAGAGCGCCUUGAAGACGCACAUUAAGUUUCACGGUGCACAUAUAAAUACCCACCUGCCGCUGGGCGUAUUCCUCAACGAUAAGAUGCCCAGCAGCGUGAGCAGCAAAAUCGAGAAUCCUUCGACGCCAGCAACUACCGAGGAAUCGCUGCCAUUGACGCCUCUUAGCAGUUGCAAUGGCAACGGCGGCAGCAUCGAGGAUUGCCCCGGCUCUGUGGAGCUGGUGGAGAGCAGUGUAGCGCCAUCGUUGGAUAUGAUUGUGAAUACGCCAUAACGAUUGUCGCAGCUUUAUUAUUUGGUUUAUCAGGAACCAGGAACGGAACCUUCCUAUUACUAUUGCUAUGUCUAGCGAUGGCUUCCAUUUUUAAAUACACACAGAGAGAGAAAACCCCGCACAACAGCAAAACUGUUGCAGACUGCAUUCAAUGCACACAACUAGUUGUAAGCCACCACACACAAAAAUACUUAGUUACACUUAAGCCUAGAUCUAAUAUCAAAAAAUGGGGGAUAUUCAUUGAAUGAAUGCUAUAUAUGGGUACUACGAAGUACUGCAAAAACAAAUUGUGAACUAAAGGUUUGCAUAUACUUUUUAUUAUGGAACCUCAUUUCAGGUGCAAACUAGAUAAAACUAACAUGCGGCACAGUUUUAAAUAUUACACUAAUUUAAGACAAGUCUUGGUUACAGACAACCUAACUAUUUAGCUGAAGAAUUGAAUCAGACACUCUGCCAUGGGGAAAAUUACUUUCGUAACGCAUUUUUUAAAUAAUGGAACUGAUGACAUUGAUUGAACUCUACUUAAUUUAGUUUUUAAGACGCCUAUUAUUAUUGUACUUUAUUUUCAAUUGGUAAAUGUUCGGCUCUCUGAGUUCCAUUUGAACAAAUUGUGAAACACAAACGAUUAAUUAACUCAAAUAUCAUUUAAAAUUUAGUUAAGGCUGAGCUCACUUAAUUU